AAGUGUUAGUGAGGACGUAGUAUGUGCUGACACUGCUGGACGCUUGGGAUGCAGAGCUCCACCGGGGCCAUGUCAGAAAGAGAAGAGCGAAGGUUUGUGGAGAUCCCUCGGGAGUCAGUCCGCCUCAUGGCAGAGAGCACGGGGCUGGAGCUGAGUGAUGAGGUGGCCGCUCUGCUUGCUGAAGACGUGUGCUACCGUCUCAGGGAGGCCACACAGAAUAGCUCUCAGUUCAUGAAACACACCAAACGGAGGAAACUUACAGUGGAGGACUUCAACAGGGCUCUCAGGUGGAGCAGUGUGGAGGCUGUGUGUGGCUAUGGGUCCCAGGAGGCAUUGCCCUUGCGCCCCGCAAGGGAGGGUGAGCUCUACUUUCCAGAGGAUCGAGAAGUGAACCUGGUGGAGCUGGCACUGGCCACCAACAUCCCCAAGGGCUGUGCAGAGACGGCUGUCAGAGUUCAUGUCUCCUAUCUGGACGGCAAAGGAAACCUGGCACCUCAAGGAUCAGUGCCCAGUGCAGUGUCUUCACUGACAGAUGACCUGCUCAAAUACUACCAGCAAGUGACCCGGGCUGUACUGGGAGAUGAUCCCCAGCUGAUGAAGGUUGCCCUCCAGGAUCUGCAGACAAACUCCAAGAUUGCAGCACUCCUGCCUUACUUUGUUUAUGUGGUUAGUGGGGUUAAAUCUGUAAGCCAUGACCUGGAGCAGCUGCACCGACUACUGCAGGUGGCACGGAGCCUGAUACGGAACCCACACCUCUGCCUGGGGCCGUAUGUCCGGUCCCUGGUGGGGAGCGUGCUCUACUGUGUCUUGGAGCCACUGGCUGCCUCUAUCAACCCCUUGAAUGACCACUGGACUCUGCGAGACGGGGCUGCUCUUCUACUCAGCCACAUCUUCUGGACCCAUGGGGACCUUGUAAGUGGCCUCUAUCAGCAGAUUCUGCUCUCCCUGCAGAAGGUUCUGACAGACCCCGUUCGGCCUCUCUGUUCUCACUACGGGGCUGUGGUAGGGCUGCAUGCUCUAGGCUGGAAGGCAGUGGAACGAGUCUUGUACCCACAUUUGCCCACUUACUGGACAAAUUUGCAGGCAGUGCUGGAUGACUAUUCGGUAUCUAAUGCUCAGGUCAAAGCAGAUGGGCACAAAGUCUAUGGAGCUAUUCUGGUGGCCGUAGAGCGACUACUGAAGAUGAAAGCACAGGCAGCAGAGCCCAACCAAGGUGGCCCUGGUGGGAGAGGGUGCCAUCGUGCAGAGGACUUGCCUUGGGACAGCCUUCUCCUGCAAGAGUCUCCCCCCGGGGGCGGCGCAGAACCAGGCUUUGGACCUGGUCUCCCGCUGCCGCCAGGGGGCACGGGACCAGAGGACCCAUCUUCCUUGACCCUUGCAGACAUCUACCGUGAGCUAUAUGCCUUCUUCGGUGACAGCUUAGCCAUCCGCUUUGGCACUGGCCAGCCUACGCCCACAGCCCCACGACCACCGGGAGACAAGAAGGAGCCCGCGGCUGCCCCGGACUCAGUGAGGAAAAUGCCGCAGCUGACCGCCAGCGCCGUGGUCAGCCCGCAGGGGGACGAGAGCCCGUGCGGCGGUACCCCCGUGGCUGCUUCCGCCGCUUCGGAGAGUAGGCCUCUGCCGCGCGUGCACCGGGCGCGGGGCACUCCUCGGCAGCAGGGUCCGGGCGCGGGAACCCGUGAUGUCUUCCAGAAGAGCCGCUUCGCGCCCCGCGGCGCCCCUCACUUCCGGUUUAUAAUAGCGGGGCGUCAAGCCGGGCGGCGCUGCCGUGGGCGCCUCUUUCAAACUGCUUUCCCCGCGCCCUACGGGCCCAGCCCUGCGUCCCGCUACGUGCAGAAAUUGCCCAUGAUCGGCCGCACUGGCCGCCCAGCCCGGCGCUGGACGCUCUCGGACUAUUCUUUGUACCUGCCUCUGUGAGGCAGCCUUGCCUCCCAGAAUA